AUGCAGUGCAUAUUUUUACUUGCUUUUAUGUUUUUUCGAUCUUUCAUGACCACCAGAGUAUCAGGGAUAGGAACAAUUAUUUUUAAAAAGUAAUGCAUUACAAUUACUCAUUACUUGAAAAGGAAUUGAAUUACAGUAAUGAAUUAUUUGUAAAUGAAUUGCUUCCAACCACUGGAUUGUAAACAGCGCAUCUGGGGUCAUAAAAAUUCCUCAAUUUUUUUCGGUGAACGGAUGAACCGGCGUCAAUAGCACCCCCCAAUCCAUGCGCCAUGGGAACGCAAAUGUCAAUUAUUAUUUUAUCAUUAUUAAAUAUCGCCGGGCGUAUGCUCUAAUUUCAAGAAAAUAGGGGGACUGUGAUAACCCAAACAUGUCGCCUUAAAUUGACACGUGAAAAAAAAAUUGAAAGCCCGCGAAAAAUAAAAAAUGUGACUAAGUUGCGCAGGUUGAAGACCUUCUUAGUGCUCAGCUACAAAAAAAAAUUGUAUGACUUUGAAUGAAAUCAAAUUAAACGUUCUGAAUCAGUGCGAAUAUUUAAAGAUCACAAAUUUAAUAAAAACAAGAAAAAUCUGAAUUAAAGUAACUACAUACAUGCAAAUACACAAGUCAUUACAGAAGUCUGGCGACAAAUUUAAAAUUAUGGCAAUCAACAAAAGAACAAAAUUUUAAUAAACAAACUAUGCAGCGGCAGCGGUACCAGAGCGCUAUAAGAGUGUGGCGAUCGAACUAUGUCAAUUUCAUUCUAGACCACAACAAAAAUAGCACGAGCGGAGUUUGGGCCUCCUGGUCGUGGCUGUUCUCCUACCCAUGACGAUGAUUCUAUCCACAGACCAUUAAACAAAUAGGAAGACAGUUCAUUGCCAUUUAAUCGUAUAGUCUAGGAAGCGACACUAGCGCUGCGCGAGCGGCUGGAGCAAACACUCAUUCGCUUAUACUCGUGUAAAUUUCGUAAUAGAUCGUGUUUACUGUCAACAAAUAUCUCCUUUAACGUCAUUCAAAUUCAAACGCCAAAUUAUAAUUUUUUCAAAAGGUUUUCAGUAUUUUACUUGCUUCAGAUACAACGGAAAUGAAAAUUAUUAAUAAAUAUCGAUGCAAAGUUCCAAAUUGUCCGUCAGUAUACGCAACAGGAAUCAACAAGAACAAAAAUAAACAUUUUUUUAUUUUUCCUAAAUCCAGUUCAAAAACAAAAGUGGAUAGAUACCAUUAAUGCCUCCUGCACAGAAAAAAUUGUUGUUAAUUGUAAAAAAGCUUACAUUUGUGAAGAUCAUUUCAGUAAAAAUUACUUUACGAGCACCGCACAAACGAACCUUCAUAAAUACGCAAUUCCCACUAUUUUUAAGGACAGUAGUCAAGCUGUGAUUAAUACUAAUGGUGAUGGGUAUUCCAGUAAAAGUGAACAAAAAAAUUAUAAAAUUUUUAUUUUUUUAGUCGGAACUAUUCCGGAAUCUGAGUAUGAUGGUAGCGUAAAUUCACAAAGACGCAAACGCCAUUGCGAUACUCUCACGACAAUAUCACAUACUCCGAAAAAAAGAAAAUAUUCACCCAGUGUUUUGAAAAAGGUAGGAUGCAAAAGAGUGGACGACUUAACUCCUAGAGAGCAAACUUUAUUUAGAAUAACAAAACGCCAGAAACAGGCAAUAAACAGAUUAAAUUUAAAAUUAUGUAAAUAAAAAAAAAACUUGGAUCUUCUAAAACGUGCUCCCCAAAAUCAUCUAAUUAACAUUUUACAAGAAAAUUGCAAUUCUGUAAGUGCAAGCUUCAUAAAAUCCCAAUUUGAUAACAUGAAAAAAAAAAUUCCUAGAUGGUCAACUGAAAAUAAAAUAUUUGCCUUGGCUAUGUACAAAAGAGGUCCAAAAUGUUAUCGCUUUUUAAAACAUUUUUUCAGACUUCCGUCAAAAACAACUUUGUACAAAUUUUUGAAAAAUAUACCUUUUGAAUGUGGCGUGAAUGACGAACUAUUUGAUAAGUUAAAAAUGAGAAUUGAGAAACUGAAACCAAGAGAUCGAUUAUGCAAGCUUAUGUUUGAUGAAGUGUCUUUAUCUACAAAUUUAACCUAUUCGAGAUCUACUGACAAAAUUAUUGGUUUUGAGGAUUUGGGAUCUUUAGGACGAAAUAAAAAUUAUGCUAACCAUGCGUUAGUAUUUAUGAUACAAGGUAUUAGUUCCGGAUGGAAACAAUCAAUAGCGUACUAUUUUGUUAAGGACUCUAUUAAAAGUAUAAAAUUAAAACUAAUAAUUAAAGAAAUUAUUGGCAAACUUAAUGUGGCCGGCGCAAAAGUCAUAUGCACCGUUUGUGAUCAGGCCAGUUCGAAUGUAAAGGCUCUACGUUUGUUAAAAGAAGAAUCAAAUGUAGAGUAUAAGGAACCAUACUUUAAGGUAAAUUAAAAAAAAAUUGUAUGUUUAUAUGAUAGUCCCCAUUUAUUGAAAUCAUUAAGAAAUGCUCUCCUUAAAUAUACGAUUUAUUAUGAUGAAACCAAGAAAGCUAAAUUUAUGUAUUUGAGACAAGCUUAUCAAUUUGAUAGUACUCGAAGAUUUCAAACUUUGCAUAAAAUCCGAGAACCCUUUCUUUACGUGAACAGAUAUAGAUUAUUAAAGAUGAAAGUGUCAAUUGCAGCAAAAACACUUAGUGCCAGUAUGGCAGCUGCACUUGAAACUCUAAUAGAUUCAAAAGAAAAUAUUCCUUCAGAAGCAAUCGAAACGGCUUUCUUUGUAAAAGACGCAAAUGAUUUAUUCGACAGUUUCAACUCCACUGGUAUUAAUAUGCGUAACAACCACUGCAAUCCAAAGCUAAGAUGUGCUUUAACAAAGAAAUCUGGUCAUUUUGAUUUUUGGAAUAAAAUGGAAAAAAAAAUCGAAAGUUGGAAAUUUUAUGACGAAGUACGUGGUCAAUUCAAAACAACUAUGCCCUUUAAAGAAGGUUGGUUAAAUAACAUUCGUGGAAUUAGACUUCUUUGGCAGAUGUGUGAAAAAAAUGAAUUCAAAUUUUUGCGAACAAGAAUGUUGAAUCAGGAUCCUCUAGAAAAUUUAUUUUCAGUGAUACGACAAUACGGUUCAGGAAAUAGUAAUCCAUCGUGUUUUCAAUUUAUAUCGGCGUUAAAAACAAGUAUUUUGAAUAAUUUGAUAGCAUAUCAAGCAUAUGGUAAGGAUUGUGAAGAAGAUGUAGGGAAACUUCUCGAUAAUCUUAGAAUAUUUUUAUCCUCGUCAUCAAAACCAACAAAUUUUCAGUUUACAGAAAAUAUCAAUGAGUUGGUAAAUUUAGAAAAUUCUAGCUCAACUAAUAGAGCUGCAUUUAAAGAUUUAUAUGAUCUUCAGGCUAUUACAUAUGUUUGUGGCUUUUUAAUAAAAAAAUUAAAAGCUAUCACAUGUAAAGACUGUAAAAAUUGUAUAAUUGCACAAAAAACCGAAGAACAUCAUAUUUUCACUCUUUACAAAGAACAGGAUCAAAAAUUAAGGUUGAAAUAUGCUACAAAAGAAUUUGUAACAUGCUUAGCUGAGAUUUACGAUACCAUAGUCUUCUUUUUAGAUAAUUUUGGAGUAGUUCCAAAUAUUGCAAGAAAUUUAAAAGAACAUAUAACAGCAACAAUUAACUUUACUUGGAUUAACUGUGACAUUCAUAUUGCUGAUUUAAGAACGGAAAUUAUUAAUUUGGCAGUGCGUCUAAUAAUAAAUAAAAAAUUGACCAAUCUGCAAAAACAAUUUGAAGUACAUAAUCGUAGAAGAAUUAAUAAUUCAAAUAGGUUUUAAAAUUAACACCUACCCGUAGUUUCAAGAGUUUUUUUUUAAGCAGUU